UUUGUUGAUAAUUAAAUUUGCCAAAGGGAGAGAUGGUCUGCUUAGGAUAUUUGUUAAGCCAGGUACUGUUGCUGGUCCUGGUGGAUGCUGAGAAGCUUCAUCACAACAGGGAUUUCUCUGAUAUCCAGCAGUUCUCCAACAAUCAAGCAAGGCCUAUCCAAACUCUUCUGUCUGCUAAGGAAUAUUUAUUUAAGUAUGGAUGGAUUAAACCUGUAAACUGGGAUUACCUAGAGCAUGAAAAGGAACAAGAUACUGUCCCUCCAGAUAUAUUUGCGCCUUUAACAGAAGGAUAUGUAAAGAGCCGUAAUGUAGAGAAAUCAUCUACCACAGAACCUACAAUGGACCCAGGUUUUAGCAAGGCACUUAAACAUUUCCAAGAAGUGAACAAGCUGCCAGUAACAGGCAUCCUUGAUGAUGCCACAAAAACAGCAAUGAACCGACCAAGAUGUGGUGUUCCUGAUUAUAAAGUUUCACAAAAUGACGAUGACCCUGGUGACAAGGAAGAAAUAAAGGCCAACUCAGCACAUAAUACAAGUGACAGUAAUGGUGUAUACAACAAGAGCACUGUGGAGGUGAAUAGCACCAACAUUACCAACAGCAGCGGCAUUAACUUCAAUCGGACACAACUUUUUCUUCAAAAACUGGUCGAGCACUCACGUAAAAAAAGAAGUAAUACAGACUAUAUUGACAACAGCACUCCAGGCCUGGGGUUCUCUAAGCCAGUGCUGAAAUGGAGACUACUUAGCGAGGGAUACAGCACUAGGCUUCCACCAGAUGACCAGAGGGAAACACUGAAACAAGCUUUCCGAAGAUGGAGCGAGGUGAUUCCCUUAAACUUUGAAGAGGACCUGAGAACCCAGGCUACUCAAAUAGAUAUUAAGAUGGGAUUUGGCACUCGAAAACAUCUUGGGUGCUCCCAGGUGUUCGAUGGCACAGGACAAGUGUACGCACAUGCUUGGCACCUCGGAGAUGUUCAUUUUGAUGAUGAUGAACACUUUGUACUACCAAAGAAUGAUCAAGGAAUAAGCCUGCUAAAGGUAGCAGUCCAUGAAAUUGGCCAUGUCCUUGGACUUUCCCAUAUCAACAGGCCAGGGUCAGUGAUGCAGGCCAAUUAUAUCCCCGAGGACACAAACUUGGAGCUUGACUGGAUGGACAGGAAAGCGAUUCAGCAAAUCUAUGGUUCCUGUGAGAACAGUUUCAGCACUGUGUUUGACUGGGUCUACACAGAGAGGAGCCUCUCGGGGGAUCUGGUUUAUCGUUUCAAUACCUACUUUUUCCGGAAUAGCUGGUACUGGAUGUAUGAGAACCGGAACAACAGGACACGCUAUGGAGACCCUAUUCUACUGACUUCAGGCUGGCGGGGGCUACCUUCCAGUAACAUUGACGCCUUUGUCCAUGUGUGGACAUUAAACAAGGAUUAUACUCUUUUCUUUAAAGGUACACAGUACUGGAGAUACAAUAAUGAAAAGGACGAAGCCUAUAAAGACGAUCCAGAAGGUGGAGUGUACCCAAAGCUGAUCAGUGAAGGAUUUCCUGGUAUUUCUAGCCCCAUUGACACUGCCUAUUUUGACAAAAGAGACCACAAUAUCUAUUUUUUCAGAGGAAACGAUGUCACGGCAUUCAAUGUGGAUCACAACAGUAAGGUUGCUGGAUAUCCCAAAAGGACUGUGGAUGUCUUCCCUCCAGUGUCAUCCAAUGACCACCCAGUAGGAAACCUGGAUGCUGCCUACUUUUCCUACUACUAUCAGGCUAUUUACUUCUUCAAGGAUAACAUUUUCUGGAGAGUGGUGGAUGAGAAGGACAAAACAUUAAACCACUCUUUGCCUCACAAUGGCUUGUUUCCUAAUCAAAGAAUCAAAGACCAUUGGUUUGACAUUUGUGAUGUUGACCCAUCCAUGAUGAACAUGGUGUUAAGUAGUAAAAUUAACAAUUAACUUAAUUGUAGAAAACUCUAACGAGCACAAUGCUACUAAAAUUCAUGUUAACAAUGCCUCAUUUGAAAAUUCAAUUUCAGAAGAAGUAAGAAAAGAUUCUCCCACUGGAAGAGUAGCCAUAUUUUGCCAUUUACAUAAGACAUACAAGUAAAAUACAAUAAUUGACACACUUUCUUGUUGAAUGGAGAGACAAAACAAUAAACAAGGCAUCUUCUAGGCCAGAAUUCUAGAUUACUGUUAUGUUGCUGUACUUCACCUACAGACAGAGAGAAAGAAAAAGGUAGGUAGGUAGUUCAAUGGUCACGUUACAUGGAAUUGCAUAAGUAAUCGCAAAAAUCAUACUGCAUACUGUACAGUGAACCCACAAAAGCAAUUCAGGUUCAAGUACGGCAUUUUAUUUAAAUAAUGUGUGUGUAUACACACACACACAAACACACAAAGGUGUGACAAUUUCAUUCCCAGAACAGCCAUGUAGUUUCGCCUGUGUGCCAUGAAUCUUGAUAGAUGAACAGAGACAGAGGUGAGCUGAAGUUGUGACUGAUCUUUCUGCAAAUGAACACCUGCUUAACAGAGUUAUUAUGAGUGAUGAAACAAAUAUCUCAUGAUAAAGUCUGUACAUGAACAAUGGCAAAGAAGUCAGCGGAAAAAUACUGAGUUCACCAUGGCAAAAAACAUUCAUGUCACUCUCACAGUUGAAGACCAUGCUGGUAUUUUUCAGCCAUGGUGAACUCCAUGUUUUCCAUCACAUGUUUUGUUGUUUUUGUUUCUGAGUUGUACUGGAAACACCAAGUUUUGUCACCUGCAAUAAUCCUGUUAAAUUAAGUUAUCGUUUGCAGAAAGAUCAGUCACAACUUCAAGCUGCUGCUGUUUCCGUUCAUCUGUCAAGAUUAGAGGUACACCACUAGCAGUGACACAACAUGGCUAAUCAAUGAAUUAAACUGUCACACAUCAUGUGUGUAUGUAUGUGUAUGUAUAUUUAUUGAAUCUCAAGGGGAAAUGUAAUUGCAUACUGCAACAAAAAAUACUCAGACUCAAUGAAAAAUAAAGAAUAAAAACAAAUUAUAACAGAAUACAAACAUAUAAUACAAUAUUACUCAAAAAAUACUGUGACUAGUAAAUUGAGGUUUGUACUGUUUGCCUAUGUCUUCUGGCUGGAAUGAUGUCAGAAGGAAGUACACAGGCAGAAAAAAAUAAUUCCGGCACUUCUCAUUGCACCGUAGAGGUAGGAGCUUGGGGCUAAAAGUACUCCUAGAAAGUAACCCUUGGAUGGCAUGGGCAGAAUUAUUUAUGAUGGCAAAUAUUCCACCAUCCUCUUUUCCACAACAGCCUCCAGAGUCGGUCCUGUGAUGGAGAAGGCAUUACUGAUAAAGUCUAUACAGGUGUUUUACAUCACCUGAACUCAAGUUGUUUUCCCAAGAGACCACUGCUAUAGUACACCAUACUGGUAACACAUUUCCAGCACGAAUCUCUUCAGGAAGUACAGUCUACUGUGGCCUUACAUUGGCACAACACAGUGACAUUGUGUUGUCAGACAAGUUAGGUUUGCUGUUCAUAUGGACCCGAAAGUACCUGUAGCUCCACAUAACCUCUACUUCCACUCCCUAAAUGAUCACUGGUCUGAAGGUCUUUUUAAUGUGCUGGAAAUCGACCACCAACUCAUGACUUGUUGAAGUUGUGUUGAAUGUGGUUCUCCCUUAUCGCAAGACAAAGUCCUCCUGCAGUCUCUUGUACUCUGACUCAUUUCCAUUAUCACAACCUAUGAUGGAGGUGUCAUUUGAAGACUUCUGUAGAUAGCAGGAGCUUGUAUUAUAUUGGAAGUCCAUUGUGUAAAGGGUAAACAGGAAGCCAGACAGAACACCUCCCUGUGGUUCCCCUAGUGUUAUACACCACCAUCUCUAACACUCAGUCCUUAAGCCACACACUUGCAUACACGCAUACACUAUUGGAAAUCAGGUAUUAUCAAAAGAACAGAUUUGAGACCAAAUGAAACGAGAUAUAUUUUAAUUACAUCUCGCUUGCACUCACCUCCUGGACCAUAUAGCAAUGAAUUGUUAAGCAGCUUAACUAACAAAAUAACAGACCGAGUAUUCAAACUUACAAAAUUUUAAAGCUUAUUAAUCAAAUCCUGCCAUCACUUACCAAUAGACAAAGAUGCUCAUGCUUUAGACUGUUUUAUUUAUCUAUAUUUUAUCAGAGAACCUGUUUUCUCAACUUCUUUUUCUUGCCAUGCAAUGUGAUCCACUUAUAAAUCAAGAAAGCCUUGCAGAGAAUGUCAGACAGUCAGUCAGGAAGCUGAAGCAGGAAACCUUCUAUGACAAAACAACAAUCCAAAAAAGUACUUCAAAAUCAAAACGUUCCUCUAGAAACAUAAGGUGAAGGUUUAAAAAAAUGGCUCUUGCAGUCCCCAUACCUAAACAUUAUUGAAA